AUGGCACAAAUAUUAAAAUUAAAAAAGACGCGCGUACAGCAUACCGUAUUGGGUAUUGGCGGCAAAAGUCAAAACGUGAAGGCGGCUGUCGAGGCGGCUGUCGUAGUGACGAUUCGUUCGCGCAUUAAUAAUUAUAAUUUAACGUGUUCCUGUUUAGUUGUGCCUAAAAUUACAAAUAUAUUACCGUCAGAAAAUAUCGGGGGUGAAUGCAUAGUACCCUCGGAUAUAGAAUUAGCGGAUACUUCAUUUAAAAUUCCAAAAAAAAUUGAUUUGUUGUUAGGCGCGUGUCAUUUUUUCGAAAUAUUGGGUAAACAAAAAAUUAAACCGACAAUAAAUGGACCAAUAUUUCAAGAAACUCAAUUGGGCUGGAUUGUUUCCGGCUUAGUAACAUCAAAAUAUACGAAUGGCAAACCAAAUAAUGUAAAUUGCCAUACCGCGUUAGUAGAGGAAAACAGAAGUACUAAUUUGGAAAUUAUGGUAUCAACAUUUUGGCGUACAGAGGAGUUUGAAGCGGCAGUGCCAUAUACUACGGAAGAAAAAAAAUGUGUCGAUCACUUCGAAAGGACGGUUAAUCGAAAUGAAAACGGUAGGUUUAUCGUACAUUUACCGUUAAAAAAUGACGUUAAUAUAAAAAUCGGACCGUCAUACGAGAUAGCGAAACGUCGAUUUUUAGCAUUAGAGCGCCGAUUGCAAAAUGACGAAAAAUUAAAAAAAGAUUAUAUUACGUUUAUGAGCGAAUAUGAAACGUAUUAG